AUGGUACAAAUUAAAAGAAGUACAAUGGAUGAAAUGGCAGCCAAUGAAAUCAUUGAGGCCUUGAUCAUACCAGCAUCACCAGUGGUGUUGUCGGUUGUAGUGUCGGCGGUGGUGGUGUCGGCAGUAGAUGUAGCAGAAGUAGUGUCGGUAGUGGUAGCAGAGGUUGUGUCGGCAGUAGUGGCAGAAGUAGUGUCGGCAGUGGUUGAUGCAGUAGUAGAGGCGGUGGUAGCAGAGGUAGUAUCAGCAGUGGUCGAGGCAGUGGUUGAUUAUUAA